GAAUAUUACUGUUUUCUUUUAACACCGCUACAGAAUGAAAUAGUUGUUUAGACUUAAGAUUUGGUGUACACAUGACGAUGGGUGUCCUGUACUUAGAUAAACCUGUUUAUCUUUUACUGGCGAUCGCAUUCAAGAUACCGCAUGUGAGAUUAGGUAAGAUAACUAUAUCAAGUUUUAAAAUGUUGAAUUUUAAAUUAACAAAAAUAAAAUAGUGUAUAAUUUUUUUUAAAGUCUUUGUUUAAUAUAUUUUAUAUUUUUUAAUUAAGUUUUUCCAAUUUUCUUUUCUCAGUACUGACAACGUCCAUUUUUGUUGUUGUUGUAAAUAUGUUAACAUCUUACACGGUGUAAUGUGAUCGUCUUGAAAUGUAGAAUGAGAGCAUCUGUGUAUGUUUGUUGAGUGAAUAUCUAAAAUGUAAUGAGUACAUAUCUAUAUGAGUAAUUAUUACAUAUCCUAAUGUGUAGUGAUUAAUUUCUAAAUGUGCAAUGACCACAUCUCUAAAUGCGUACUUAUUACAUCCCUGAAUGAGUAAUGGUUUACAUCUCUGAAUGUUUAAUGAGUCCCAUCUUCCACACUAGGAGUCGUGCUGCCCAGUGUAUCGCCCCAUUGCCCGCCAGCAGAAGAAGGCAAACCUUACACACUGGUUCUAAACUUGACUCUCCCUGCGGGCAACACAAGCAAGAAGAUAUCGCUGGAGACCGUGGAGGCCGCUAUCGCCAUCUGUAACCUGACCGGACACUGCAAGGACUUCUUCCCCAACGACAUGUCCACCACCGUCGCCGUGAACGAGUCUACCAGAGAUCUUCAUUUAGUCGUUAGCAUAUCCAACGCGUCUCGACUUACCAAGGGGGUCGUUGGAAGAUGGGACGUCAUAUACAUUUAUCCAAUAUUUAGUUGCAUGUUUCUCAUCUUUAGUAAGUUUAAAUAUUAUUUUUAAAUCCUUUAUAUUCAACACAAUUUUCUUUUUGGUUCCUGACUGGAAAAAAAUAAUUAUGACGGCUAAUUGACCCACUUCCCGUCAACCUAUCGAGCUAAAACUUGGCACAUAAACUCGUUGCCGAUGACAACACGUUCUACCAAAUUUUCAGCCCCACCUCCCGAAUCCCAACCCCAUGAAUAAAUAGUUCCUGCUUUUUUAAAGGGAAAGAUGAAGGAAAUUUGAUUUCACAGAUUUCACAAAAUGAAAUUCUCGAUAACUGCGCUAAAUGAAAUUCUUGAUCUGUUUUUUUUUUUUUAAAUAUCGCAAGGACUUUUAGUACGUAAUAUUUCCUUUUCUUUUCCCUGAAAUAAUGGAUGAAAUAAUGGAUGAAAUAAUGGAUGAAAUAAUGGAUGAAAUAAUGGAUGAAAUAAUGGAUGAAAUAAUGGAUGAAAUAAUGGAUGAAAUAAUGGAUGAAAUAAUGGAUGAAAUAAUGGAUGAAAUAAUGGAUGAAAUAAUGGAUGAAAUAAUGGAUGAAAUAAUGGAUGAAAUAAUGAAUGAAAUAAUGGAUGAAAUUAAUGGAUGAAAUAAUGGAUGAAAUAAUGGAUGAAAUAAUGGAUGAAAUAAUGGAUGAAAUAAUGGAUGAAAUAAUGGAUGAAAUAACUCUCUGAAGCAAAGGCGCUUUCCUCAUGAGAAUUUUAAUAUAAUUUAGGAGCGUGAAAAAAAAAUACAGUUACGUGCUUGGGGCGUGGGGGGGGGCACUUAUUUUGAUUCUUAUCAAGUGUGUAGCCUGGGUGCGUUUUCUGACAAACGUUCAGCCCCCCUCCCCCCACCUGCAAAAUGUUUGAUUUUUCAUUUUAUAAAGGAUUUAUACGAAGAACUGUUUUUAGGGAUUGCUUUCUUUUUAAAAAAGGAAUCAAAUACAAACAUACAAAAAUAAUAAUACAUAUGUCAUCAACAACAAACAUAUUCAAAGCUUUUGGGGAAAUGUCAAUCUGGUUCUGGUAGUCUUCGUUGCUGCAUCCAUGUACUGGCAUCUGUGCAACGGUUGGGGGAAUGGUGUUGCUAGACUAACAGCUCCUAGCAGAUGCCGGGGUAGCCUUGAAGCUUUCGACCGAUGUCGAGUUCACAGCGGCAUUGUGAACACAGACCUCAAGAUUUGAAUACACUAUACAAAGAUUAGGGAAGUUAAAAGAAAAUUUCUGAAGUUUGUUGUACAUAAAUACCACAUUGUUAAAAAAAUAUCUUGUAAUAUUUUAUUGCUGUUAUAUCUUCAAUCAGAAAUAUUUAAAUACUCCAAGAAAUGGAUUACAAUUUUUUUAAUGUCCACGUUGUUUUCAGCCAACUUUCGAAACAUCCCAUGUUCUAAACAUAUGGUGGCCGAUGAGCUUCAUGUGAACUGCAGCACACACAAGAUAUACCCACGAGCAAAAUGUCUGUUUACAUUGGAUUUGAUCCAUGUGAGAUCGUGUAUUACCUUAUAAAUAGCUUAGCAAACAUUAAAAAAAAAUGUUAUGAUAUUAUGUGUAUUAAACAAAUAUUGAUAUCCCAUGCCGAUAAAUAUGUGUUUUCCUCCUAAAAGGCGCAGUCUGGAGUUACUAGUACAAAUGUAACAUUUGAAAAUAUCAGGAUGUCUGGUGACCCGACGUAUUACGUUUUUACGUGCAGGAUUGUGGUACGAUUUCCUGACGUACCACGAGGUGUGCACACAGCGUCGGUCGCGGUGUAUCCUUCUCUGACCGGAGAUGACAAGUUCAUUGAGUUUGGUGCGAAUGUUUCAUUGACAGUGAACCUGGGUACGUUCAUUUUACGCAGGGGUCUGUCUUGUGUUUGUAUGCGUGUGAACGUGUUAGUUGUAUAGGCGGUGACAAAUAUAAUCCCGUUGUACGCUAGUGUACAAAAUAAAAAUGUACCUUUACAUGCCAAGUUCAUAAAUUAAACAUACAAAGUACGAAAGCAAGAACAUUCCAGAGCAGAGGCGUAGCGUGGUGGGGGCAGGGGGGGACAGAUGUCCCCGGGCGCCAGCAAGUUAGGGGCGCCAAAAUGUGCUUUGAUAUUAUUUUAUUGAUGAAAAUAAUGGGUUUGAGAGUUGAAAAAAAGAAAAAGGGGCGCUUUAAAAUGGAUCUCGUUCUUGGGCGCGAAUCUUGUCCCCGGGCGCCAAACACCCUCGCUACGCCACUUUUCCAGAGAGACGCUAAAGAAACUUCUGACAAACUUCUGACCUAGAUUAAAGUAAUCACAAGGAAAAAAACUAUAAUGAAAUGCAAUUUAUUAUUAUGGCUUUUUAAAUUUAUUUUACCCGAAUAAUCAUACCAUAUCAAUAUAAUCUACUAUUACAUGUACGAGUAGGUUAUACAUAUUUUUAGUAAGGAGGUGAUUUAGUCUUAUGUAGUUGUUCAUACCAAUAAUCGUAUAUAUAUAUAUAUAUAUAUAUAUAUAUAUAUAUAUAUAUAUAUACACACACACACACACACAUGUGUAGGACUAAAUGCUCUAUUUCCAAGAAAUUCCGGUGCUGACAAUGAGAAACUGUCCCGCCAUCAUUGAAGAAGGACAGCUGAUCACAUGUGUCUGUGACCGGGCUGACCACAGCCUGGUCAGCGUGUCCAUAGCCUGGCUGGAUGACGGCACGCCAACAGUAUUGGGCCGUGCCGGGUCUCUAGCCUUCACCGCGAACAGACAAACAAAAGGUAAGUAACAUCCACUGCCACGGUCAACGGACGACCUACGCACAGUAUUUAAUGAGACCCCAAGUGUCGUGUUUAAUACUACAGUUGUAUAUCAUGUUCAUAAAGGCAUGUCACACACACGCACACAAAUUCAAUGUGUUCGAAUUUUAAAUAGUUCCUAGAAUGUGUAUUAAUUUCUAAAUUCUCAAAUACAUUACAGCAUUUAUUUGCAAUGGAACGACUUUUCUUGGCUGGGAUAUAAGUCCUGUUCAAUACAAGCCUGAAAUUAUUGGUAUUUAUUGCUAAUAUAUUUGUAUUCACGUUUACUGGUAUUUUUAAAUCCCAAAAUGUUUUGAUCAGAAUUCUUAAUAAAAGAAGUGAAAAUUAUUUUUACGUGAAGUUUUUUUUAAUAUGUAAAUUAGUGGAUUUAUACUUAAUAAAACAAGCAGACAUUUAAAAAAAUGUAAUAAAUUUGCCCAAAUACCUAUAGAUAAUACGUUAUUUAAGUUUUACAGACUGUCGAAUGAACAGACAUACACUUUAAGAGCUACGAAAAAAGAAUUUUUAAUCAGAUGAAUGCGUUUUUUUCAAUCAGUUAUUACCUAAUGUUGUAUUUGACUAAAGGUAUGCUAUGAGUUGUUGUUUUCACGAAAGCAGCUGAGCUAAAGCAAUUUAGUCAAUUUAGUCAAUUCCUAAGAUUUUAUCCCAAAAUAUCCACUUGCAUUCAAUAAAGUACUACAAUAACUAGAUACCUAGUAAGAUAUGGUGAUAUUAUAUUUUUUUUAAAAAUAAAGAAACUGUGUCAUCACAUUGUACUUAUUCAAUUUCAGUAUAUUGAUGUGCAUUAUGUUGAAAAUAUUUUAAUUUUUUUUAAAACUAUAACAAUUUAAACAUAUGAUAUAGAAACUAGUUCUUUUGUGCAGAAAUCAUCCAUUAUAUAUAUUCAAAUACUACCUCUUAGAUGACGGAACUAAAUUUUAGGGUUAUUCAUUGAUUUUGUAACAGCCGGGUUCUUGAACAGAACACAAUGUCACAUAAAUCAGUGUUUGAUUAGUACUAAGUCGCAUAAAGGCUACAUCAAUAUAUAUAAAGCAGUUCUUUCUUCUUGUCUUCAGCCAGAGCUCAGCAAUUAACGUGCACAGAUGAGAAAUCUGCUGACAACCUGCUGAUAACGUGUAGUACUGAGCGCAUCUACCCAACCCCUAAAUGUCACUUUGAAAUAAAACGUAAUGGCGUAAGUACGUUUGCUCCACUGGGGUCAUCGAUGCUAUCCAAAUCCUUAUAGUAUUAAUAGAGUUUAUUGUAUUGUAUAUCUGUGAUACUUUUAAUAUGUUCACCGUGGGUUGAUUAUACAAGAGAAAAUGUACGCAGUGCACUUUAGCGUCAGCAUCACUAUCAAUGAUCUUACGACUUUUGUGGGCCUCGGAGCUGCUUCAUCACAAUAUCCUUCCAUUAAGUCCAAACCAUAUCGUUAUGUCUCUAUCCACGACAUGCUAAUUAAUUUCUCUACAGUUGGACGAGUGAGCGUUUUAGUAAUCUCUUUGAAAACGAUAAAAUACAUUUAAAAUAAGAUUUAUUUGGUGAGUUCAUUAUUUCCGGUUAUUUGGCCACAAGCUGUAAUUAUUUUUGUUAUUAAUGAGGUCAUUUCUUUGCGUUAGUAUUAAAUGCCUUUAAUGAUUAUGAAUCGUAUUUUUUGUCCUUGUUUUAUAAAAGAAUUAUAAUAUAUUUGAUAUAUGAAUUAAAUUAAAUUUAGAGUUGAGUAUAAUAAAUUAUUUUUAUUAUAUAAAUGACCAGACAGUUUUUGUAAAAGAAAAAAAAAUUGCUUUACUUAGCAGCGGUAUUAGUUACCUUUGAGAGUUCCUCUAACACGAUCUCUUCAACAAAUCCCUUCGAAUCCCGCCCGCAGACACCCGUGAGCACUGAAAACAGUACAAUGUCUUACCACUAUGAAGAGUUUGGUACUCCCGUGUACUACAAGACGUCGUGCACUCUCAAAGUACCGAGGACGUCCUUGAGCCAUCAAGCGUAUGACGUCUUGGUGGCCAUGUAUCCAGAUUUGUCAAGGACGGAGACGGACAUGGAGUUUGGUACCAACAAGACAUUUAUUGUUCGAAUUGGUAAUUUUGGAAUGAUUGUAGUGUAUUGAGGUUAAGAAAGAUAAUAAUACGUGUAUUUGAACUAGUGCUUGCCUGUCGCUAUAUAGGCGUUUUAAAAUUAUUUUAAAAAAAAUAAAAAAAAAUAAAUCAAAUGUAGAUUUAAAAGCGCCCCCAAAAUGAUAUAAACAACGGGCCAAUUCAAUUCAAUUCAAAAUGACACACUUUUUUUUUCUUCAGAUGAUGUCAACAAGGUUUGGUCUCAAUGGUUGGGACCAGACAUGAUCGCUUUCAUGGUGUCGGCGAUUGUGAUUGUGAUAGUCGUCGCUGUGGUGGCUUGCGUCUGUAGACGGAAAGGUAAAAACAAAACAAGGCAAAGGUACUUGCUUAUCGGUUGACACGUCAACCAAAACUGUCUAUAUCUACUCUUUGUGUAAUUUUUUUCCCGUGUUUCCCAGUUAAAAAUUAACGCUUAAGAUUUCACUUAACACUAAUAGCUUUAGUAUGUUCAUUGUGUGUUGCUGUGUGUGCGGAGAUGAUAAAAAUAUGUGAAAAAAUCCUUUUAUAAGUGAGGUUUCCUGCAUUCAUUCCCCCCCCUCCCCACCCCCAAGCCUUGAGCAAACCAGUGGAAUGCUGCGCUGUUUGUCACGACAGCAAAGGAUCACUAAACAGCUACGAUGAGAUCAACGAUGGAUACAUCCGGGUGGAUUAUGGAAGGAGUCAGGGCAACGACAAGUACGGCGUCCCCCAAGCCUUUAGCAAUCCAGUGGAAUGCUGCGCUGUUUGUCACGACAGCAAAGGAUCACUAAACAGCUACGAUGAGAUCAACGAUGGAUACAUCCUGGUGGAUUAUGGAAGGAGUCAGGGCAACGACAAGUACGGCGGCUACAGAAUUCUUACAGCCACAGGGAUGCCACGGGAUGAUGAGGUCAGUCUCGCGGUGGUUGAGCAUCACCACUAUGAAACCAUCGACGGAGAGAUCAACGCGAGAUGUGACACACAUACCACAAGCCCUGUGGACGAAUUCAAUAAGCAAGUUGAAACGUUUGAAGAUGAAGCGAGCGUAGACGACGUUGAAGUUGAUACUGUUGAUAAUGAGGGUAGUUUGAAAAUUGUUGAAGUUCAUAUGGAUGAUAACGAUGGGAGUGUGAAAAGUGUUGAAGUUGAUUCUGUUAAUAACGAGGGGAGUUUAAAAAAUGUUAAAGAUGAUACUGUUGAUAACUAGGGGGUUUUCUGAAAUAGGUUGAAAUUGAUAAUGUUGAUAACUAACGAGAGGAAUGUGACAUAUGUUGAGAAUUGGGCUAUGCAAGGGGAAGUAAGUGGAAAAGAAAUUCAUUUGAAAUGAUUUAGGGCGGAAAAAUAAAAUUGAACACAAAAUAGUGAUGGGGCCGAAAUGAACAAACACAAUGUUCAAAUUGAAACGUUCAGCUCAGUUAGAA